AUCACAGACCAAGUCUGCCCCUGCCCUUGACUGCCUGGCUCAGGGUGGCUGGCAGAAUAGAUCUCCCAGCCAGGGGCUGGGGAGGUGCCCAGGGUGGGUGGGACAGAAUGUCGCUGGCUGCAUGGGGCAGGGAUCUGUCCACCUGGAAGGAGAGGCUACAACCCUGCAGGCAAUUGCUGGUGUCGGGAGUCUUUCGAAAGAGGUAUCAAGCUGGGGAGAGAUGGAAAAGAGAUGGGGAGAUUGGAGGGGCGUUGAGGAGAACCCUCUGGUGGAGGUUGGGAAGUGGGGAGGAGGGAAGGGAGAAGGAAGAAACCGGAGAGUGAGGUGGGGGGAAACGGAAUGGGGGGAGUAAAAUGCUAGGAAGAAAGUGAAGGAUGGGAGAAAAGAAAACGGAGGGUGAGGAGAAAGGCUGAUGAGAGGGAUGGAGAAAAAACAAAGGCGGAGCAAAGACAGGUGGAGAAGAGAAGCGACUGGGACGCGCGGGGAGGGGGAAGAGAGAGAGAGAAAUAGAGAGAAAGGGAGAGUGAGGGAGAGAGAGAGAGAGAGAGAGAGAGAGAGAGAGAGAGAGAGAGAGAGAGAGAGAGAGAGAAGCGCAGCAGGCCGGCGCGGGGCAGCAGAGGGCGCGGCGGCUGAGCUGAACGCGGCGCGGGACGCGCGUGGGGCGCAGCGGGCGGAGCGCGACCGGAGCCCCGGAGCCCCACGCGCCCGCAGCCUGGCGGACAACUGUUGCGGCGGCGCGCGUGGGCAGCCCCGCGCCCCUGCAGGCGGCUCCCGCGGGCGCCGGCUCCCGGCUGCAUAGCGAGGAGCGACCGGCGCGAGCACGAGGCAGCGCCGGACGGGUCAAUGCCAGCCGGAUGAUGACCAGUUGUGGCCAGCGGUCCCGGAACGUGCUCGCGGUAUUCUCCCUGUUGUUUCCUGCAGUCCUGUCCGCACAUUUCCGGGUCUGUGAGCCUUACACGGACCACAAAGGCCGCUACCACUUUGGUUUCCACUGCCCCCGGCUCUCGGACAACAAAACCUUCGUCCUUUGCUGUCACCAUAACAACACGGUCUUCAAAUACUGCUGCAACGAGACGGAGUUCCAGGCGGUCAUGCAGGCAAACCUCACAGCCGGCCCCGAAGGCUACAUGCACAACAACUACACUGCGCUUCUGGGAGUGUGGAUUUACGGCUUCUUUGUCCUCACACUGCUGGUCUUGGAUCUACUCUAUUAUUCCGCUAUGAACUACGAUAUUUGCAAGGUUUACCUGACGCGGUGGGGGAUCCAGGGACGGUGGAUGAAACAGGACCCCCGGCGGUGGGGGAACCCUGCUCGAGCCCCUCGGCCAGGACAGCCAGCCCCACAGCCACAGCCUCCCCCUGGUGCCCUGCCGCAAGCCCCCCAGGCCGUGCACACACUUCGGGGAGACACGCACAGCCCACCCCUGAUGGCCUUCCAGAGCUCAUCUGCCUGAGCCUCCUGACCUUCCCGGGCUGCUGGAGAUGCAAAUAGCACAAGAGUGGAAAACCCUUUUGCUGUGCCUCAGGAUGGAGGAGGCUAGAACCAGAGCACCUGGUGCAGCCUCCAAGAGCAGCUUCAACCAAGACACCAGGGAGAGCCGGGGCAGUGGCGUGGUAACAAAAGAGGAAAUACCACCUGUGCCCAGAACCCCCUUCCGUGAACUUCUGAGAUUAGGAGCAAACUCAGGGUCCGGGGACAGGGUGUAGGAAAGGGGCUCUGAGCCGCCUGUCUGCAAGCAAUAGUUCUCUUUGGGGCUGGUGGCUUCUGAGAAGAGACUCAGUGUGGACUGAGGUGACCAACAGUAAAUUGCCCUGACUGAUUCCAGCCAGAGGGAUUUGGGGCUGUGAGCUGUACCAUGGUCCAAACACUGACGUUUCCCCACCUCCACUCCCUCCAAUAGCGGCCCCCUUAGGCCUAUCCGUGUCGGGAUAUCGAACUUGAGUGUGUGCGAGCACAUGUGUGUGAUCAGGGUGUUUCUAUAUGUUCAGUCAGUUAGCUUUUAAUUGAGCCCCAUGGCCACUGCAGGCUCUCCGAUGAGUGCAAGUUGCCGUGUGGCUCAGGAGUCUUGCCCAUGUCCUUGUCUGUGGCUCAGGCCUCUUGCUUGGGCCAGCAACUGCGAGCUGGUGGAGUCCGGGCGGCAAAGGGCCCAGCCUUCCUGUGUCACAGGCAGUGGGGACUGGAGCAUACCAGUGACGGUCGGUUCUGGCGGGAUCUAUUCCCAUAGCAGCAGUAACGAGAAAGCAUCUUAACCGGCUUUGGGCAGCCUAGGUGGGAUGUGUGGUGUGUACAUCACAGCCCCUGGGAGGUGAGGGUGCUAAUGUCAUUGAAAACAGUGCAGCUUGGGGGAAGGGGUGCCACACUUAUAUGGCAGGAAGUGGUCAGCUCCAUAACUUGGCCCCAGGAUGACAGGAACCUGAGACUACGUCCUUGGGUUCCCAGGGUGUAUUAGGCUCCAUAACCCGGGUGCCCCAGGGUGGUCACUAGAGCACGUGUCCAACAUUUUCACAGCACCUCCAGCCCAGCUCCUCCCCCGCCUCACCCCCGAGCUCGCACUAGCCACAUGCCUGCUGUGCACCGGGCCAGGCAGAGAGGUCCAGAGGUGAGUGGAGGCUGGGCUUUGCCCUGGGGUGCCACAUCUGGAAGGGAAGAAACCAUGUGGCUAGAGUGAUGGGUCCAAUGGGAACCCAGAGCAGAGGAUUCUGUGAAGCUGUCCGCUUACAAUGGGGCUUUCUGAGUAAGCCUGGGAGCCCAAAGAGCUCUGCGUCUCUGCCCUGGGGCAUACAAAAGGAAGGACAUCCCCUCCCCCAGAAGUGACCCUGUAAAUCUCCAGAGGUCACAUUGCCAAUGUAGACAUGGCCAUCUCCCCCUACGAAAGAGGCCAAACUGUUCCUGCCCUCAGCCCUGUGAUCCAUUCUUCCUGAAGCUGCAUCCCUCCCUUGGCCAGCGCUGUCCCCAGGCAGAACGUCUGCAGGGGAAAGGAUCCUGGGGCUCGUAAGAUGAAGACUGUGUUAGCACACGAGCAAAGUGAUCACAGGCCCUCCUGCCUCAGUUUCCCCAGUGCUGAGAGGAAGGAGUCAUACCAGAUGUCGAGGCAACUUCUGGUUUUGGGUGGCUCUGGGUGACACUCUCACAGCUGCUUGCAAAGGGCUUGGAGCUACUUCCUCUGUGAAGCCUCCUCCCUCAGACACAGGAAGGGCCAUGGCUAUGCAGAUAGCAGGGUACUAUGUGGGGGUGGAGGUCCCCAUCAGAAGCCUCUAAGGGAAUAGCUGAAGGGCCCCAUGAGGCUUCUGAUUGGGAUCUGCUGGGAUGCACCUCUCAUGUAUGUGUCUGAGGCUAAGAAUCUAAACACUGUCCGGGACACAGGAGAACGCCCGUCCCCAGAGGACAACAUAACCUUUGACUUAGCAGGCCCUGAGCACCCUGCUCCCUCCCAGCUGGUUGACCCUGGCUCACCCACCACCCAACCUCUCUGAGCCUCCUCUCUUCCCUUGGCAAACAGGGGUUAGAGGUCAGGGUCUUUCCCAGUGCUGACUCCAGAGCUACUAGAAGCAAGAGCUGUGUCCAUGUGGGUGUGAGCACUCGGGUGGGCUGGAGGACCCCAGGUGGCCAUCAUGAAAAUCUGUCCCCUGCCCGUGGUUUCUGUGGGUGACAGAUGUGCCAAUUAGUAGCAUGUCCUAAAAGGACACAGAGUAGAGACAAAGUCCUGAACAGUUGUUGCGCUGUCUCUGCCGAGCUUCCCACUGCUGUCUCCUCCAGCUGCAACUGUCCUCUUUCCAUGAGCCUCAGGCGACAGUACAUGCCUGCAGCCACAAGUAGCCACAGGAAGCAGAGAAGCUGCAGACACGGGGUGCCCACAGAGGGUCACGGAAUGUCUUUGUGUCUGUCUGGCUUUGUCCCAGUGGGUACCCGAUGUCCCUAGUGAUCAGUGUUACACCUGUCAUCUGUGUGCUCUAGAACCUCCAUUCAGAACUCCUCCCUCCCUGGUUGGCUGCACCCACCAAGGAAAUGGCUUACUCAUCCCGUGUGGGAGUGGCCAAGCAUCUGAUGGUGACUGUAACCAGUAUGCAACAGGCCUUAAUCCAAACAGGAGCACACACACAUACACACACAAACAUGCAUAUCCAGGAACACACACAUGUGUGCACACACACACACACACACAAACAUGCAUAUCUAGGAACACACACAUGUGUGCACACACACAUAUACAUACACCCACACAUGUGAACAUACUUGUUCAUGUGUCCACACAUGCAGAUGCACACACACACAGUAUAUACAUAUGCACAUAUUCGUGUGUGCACGUCUAUACACACACCUAUGAGUGUCACUUACAUGUGUUCAGUAAUGAACACCUUUGAACAUACACAUGUAUACAUGACAACAGAAAUAGUCACCCAUGUAUGCAUACACACCCAUGGAUACCACAUGCACGUGUUCAAACAUGUAUAUACACACACACACACUUACAUGCACACACACAUGAACUCACACAUACAUGCUCCACAAGAGGCUGUAAGAAGAUCCUUGGGCUUCCAGACACUUUCUUAGUGGCUUGUUUUAACUUUCCAAUCUGGCUGCUUGUCCCCACUAACAGGAAUUGCUUGAGAGGUAAGCAUGAGAGUCCCCAGGCAUUUGGGCACAGGUGACAACCCGAGUGGCCUCCUGAGCAUUUCCUGUGUGUGUGAAGGGCAUGGAGCCAGCACACCGUUUACCGUCUGCUGGGGCAGUGCCCCGAGGCUGUCACACAGCUCACUGUGUGUGCGCGCACGUGUAUGUCUAUGUCUGCCUGGUCAGAGGACGGAGAAGAGGUGAUGUCCUGGGGCAAAGGUGUUCUGUACCCUCUAGAGGGUGAGGCUUCGUGCCUACCAUGUGUCAGGUACCACCAUGGCUUCCUGCCCUUUCCACAGCCGCACAAUGUGCCUGCACUUUAUGGCUGUGGUUGGAAUGACUGACAGCUGAGGCCAUCAGCACAGGGCCACAUACCAUCCCCAUGCUGCUCAAAUCCUCUUCUGUUCAGCAGACACUUGCUGAGCAGCCCCGGACACCCCUGCUGUGUCAUUGGCGCCCCCCUGAAACCGCUCCUGUGCAGACACAGGUGCUGCAUCAGAAAACAGGCAGUGGUCCCCUAACAGGCCGGUGGUCUACCAUUGCUGACCUGACUCUGUGCCUAACAGAAAACUUCCACUCCCCAAAAUAAAGACAGAACAUUUCUCUGUUCCUCCCACAAAAGUGACCUUGGAGGUGGUGUUGCCUGCCCCACUCCACCCUGUUCCCAGUCCAGACUCCAGCCAGGUAGUCGGUGCUAGAAAUGUUUGAUGAGUGAAUGGAUUUAACCACACGUCAGUCACUCGGUGGUUAACACUCCUAUCUUUACGUCAAAGCCCUAACCUGUUUACCCUUGACACAUUAGAACCGCCCUCUAAAACAUACAGAGUCCCCUUGCAGUUAGUGUCAACUGUAAAGUAAGCAUGGGGCCAGCAGCUAGAGACACAGGGCCACCAUGGCCUCCCAUCUGGUUACGGCUAGUAUCUGACUAGUGUGAGCUUUUAGGCCUGCGUCUCAGUUUCUCACAUCCAGUCUCUUCCCAUUACCCCCGCCGUCUGUGCUCAAGCUACCGGGAAAUGCCCCUUUUAAUAUCCACAGGUGAGCAUAUGGGCGAAGUGCAAUACCAGCAAAGCUGGAGGGCCAGAGCCCGGCCACCCUCGAGAGCAAGAGGCCUUCCUGCAAGUGACUUGCUCUCUCCGCCCUGGGUCAGUGGACCAAAGGAAGCAGACAGGACGGAGCGGGAAGGUAUCUCUAAGCUAGAAAUGCCAGGCUCGUGAAGAGCAGGCACGGGCAUCUCUCUCAGAGCCCAUGACCAGGAAAACCAAAAAGAAAAUAAAAACUGGUAUCACUAUUCUCCCCCUUCCUAGUCCGAUGUAAUAAUGGCGUGUGUUACACUGGCGCUGUCUUGCUGCGUUUGUCUUUCUAUAUAGUGGUUUUUAUAACGACUUCCUUAGUUUUAAUAAAGGAGAAAUCAAAUCAA